AUGCAACGAAUACGGCGAUUAGUGACUCCAAAAUUGGGCUCAGAUAUUGCGUUAUGCAGUCGAAUGUUCCUGAUUGGGGCUCGAAACCAUGUUGCCAAGUGCAGCCCCAAUGCAGACCUGCUUAAAUCUGAAUCAGUCUCUAAAGUAUUGCCAUUUUCCGAGAACAGACAUGGAAACACAUUUGGAAAGCUUAUUUCCGAGACAGGAACCAUUCUCGAACAUGACGAGGGCUUAAAUUCCCUGAUGUCGCCCUUCAGAAAUCCGGACGGAUCAUUUAUUCAUGGUUCCACAGCACAAGAAGCUAGACUUGAUCCAGAAACACUCAAGGCGAAAACUGACCAGAAUAUAAUAGCGUUGCCUCCGCUCAUAGCGCGGGCCAUCAGCCAAAAUAUUCUUGCGGCAGUAUCUCCGGCCAAACUCCGUCAGAGAGCUGCUGAAGUAUUCAUUAAUGUUGAAAAGGAACAGAUCCAAAAGGCGCCGGCGCUGAGUCUUGAUGUGGAUGCGCACAUUGCAGCAUUGUUUUUGCAGAAUUACCUGCAUGCGUAUCGUGUUUUGAGCGAGUUGAAGAAACGUGUAGAUGGAUUCAAUCCUCAGUCUAUAUUGGACAUUGGCUAUGGACCAGCUACAGGAAUGAUCGCGCUAAAUGAGGUGAUGGGCGAUGAUUUCAGUCCCGCUGAGAAGGAUGUUUAUGUGGUGGGCAGAGCCAACCGAGAAAUGAAGAAGCGUGCCAAGAUUCUCUUGUCCAGACAGAUAUGUGAAAUUCCUGAGACAGAAGAAUCAAAUGUAUCAGAAGAGGCGGCUGAGAAAGAAGAGUCAAAUUCAUCAAAAUCAGCGGACGUUGCUGAUGCCUCUGACUUCAUUGGCCCAGUCAAUACAUCCAAAAUUCAGAUUCGCACCAAACUUAGAGACUCGCUUGCCUCCACCAAGAGAUAUGACCUCAUUAUCGUUAAUCAAUCGCUUCUUACCAGGGAGUACAAUUUCCCGCGGGAUGUCGAUGUCAAUCUUGAGAUGAUUCUUGGGCUUUUGCUGCCAGGCGGCCAUUUGGUCCUCAUCGAACGUGGAAACACCCUCGGUUUCGAGGUCAUUGCUAGAGCAAGACAGGUCAUGCUCCGUCCAGAGUCGCAUAAGGGUGAGCGGGGCCGGAUUCCUCGUCCCUACAUCCGUGGGUCCAGCAUCAAGCCGCAGAAACUCAGACAUGAGGAUCAGAUUAUCACUGACCAACAUAUCAAGUACGAAGAGGAGCUACUUGCGCAGCUCGAUGCGGAAGAGUUGGAGGAAAUCCAGCAAAUGGAUGAAAAUUCCAGGCAGGAGCAAAUCGAGCAGUGGGAGAAACGAGGAGAAUUUGAGAAGUUGGAUGCUUUAAGGGCACUUAUGAACGAGGAGGAUUCUGGUGAAGAAAUCUCUGAAUUCGAAGCAGAAAUUAAUAGGGAGCAUGGUGAGGUAUCUGAGGAGGAUCUUCGUUUCGAGUUUGAGGACGAUCCUGAUUUCGAAGUACUUCCCGUUGACGCUCAAGAAACUGAACCUCAAGCAGAACUUCCCCAAGAUGCAGUUGACUACCACCUCAGUGUAGUGGCUCCAUGUCCACAUCAUGGAGAAUGCCCACUUCAAUUGGGAGACCCCAAGUUCUACAAGAUCUCCAACCACAAGCAUCGGUUCAGCUUCUGUUCGUUCGAUCAAGUUGUCGAGCGCCCAAAGUACACCAUGGAACUCAAGAAAGGAAAGCUCUUGGCUUCGGCAUGGAACAAGCGUGCACAUGACGGAUUCGGGUUCGACAAGGUCUCCAAGGGCAGUCUUAAGGACUUGGAAGGAUCUGGACGUCACAACAGUGGAAAUACUGAGUCGGGAAACUUCUCAUACUUGAUCAUGAAAAGAGAAUUGAACGACGUCGAGACCAUUCGUGGAAUCGAGAAUCUCCGCAAGCAUCACUAUGAAAAUGAUACAUCGGGUGAUCUUCCGAGGGUCAUUGAGUAUCCUGUCAAGAUCAAGAACAACGUCAAAUUGAGGAUGUGUGCGCCAUCGGGACAUGUUGAAAUCUGGCAAGUUCCCAAGAGUAUGGGCAAGCAGACCUAUCAUGAUGCACGUAAGGUGCAGCAGGGAGAUCUUUGGGCGUUGGGCAAGAAGUCCGUCGUGGUGAAGAACAAGUUUAGCGCCGAGAAGCUUGACAAUUUGAAGAGAUUGGCGGCCACAAACAACAAGGCCAUACGCAAGGAAAAACGUAAGAAGAUGAUGAAGAAGAAAACCGGAGCUCUGUUGGAUGAUUUCGAGGAUCCCCUGGUGGUUUAUGACGAAAUCGCUACGGGAUUAGAACAGACCAAGAAGUAUCGUAGCCAGGGUAAGCGGGCCAACUUCGAUGUUGAUCCGCGGGAGUACGAGGGUAAAUAG